GUUAAAGAGGGGCAGAAGACAAUGGAUCUGGAGAGUAAAGAUAAGGCUAUCCAACAGUUAAUCCAGGAAGCUGCUGUCCGCACCAGGAAGGAGGUAGAUAAUGUGCGAGAGCAGUGCAACGUUGAACUCCUGCACAUGAUAGAAGAGUUGUCCCAUUUGCAAACGGAGUGUGCAAUCAAAGACAUUCAAAUCGAGAGGUGCAAGCAAGACAAAAAAGCCGUUGAGAAGGAACUGGAGAAGAUGACAAAAUACCGGACAGAGCAAGACCUUGAAAAGAUCAAUGCUCUUGAGCUGAGAUGCCUAAAUGCAGAGAGGAUAAGAGACGACAUGAGCGCCACUCUGCAAAAUGCUCAAAGCAAAGUAAAAAAGUUUGAAAUUGACAACAAUGAAGAGCUGCUGUGCAGUCAGGAGGAAAUACAUCGUCUGCAGAGCAGUUUGGCCGCAGCUCGGAAGGAGUUUGACCGUAUCAGUGAGGAGCGACUCCAGCUGCAACAGGAGAACAUGCAACUCCGCAGGGAGAUUGAUGAACAUCAGAGAAGAACCUUGCUGAAUCAAAACAAGACCAAAAAUCUGAUAAUGCAGAUGGAGCAAGAGUGCAAGUUGAAGGAGCAGACAUUCAACGCACAAAUACUGAUGCUGGAGGAGAGAAGCCGUAAUUUACAGGCUGAGAAGAUGCAUCUCCUCGCAGCACAGCAGAGAAGUAUUCAACGCUCAAAAGAUGAGGCAACAAACAUUACAAAGGCCUUUGAAGCCAGAAUUCAACAUCUCACGACACAGAUGAAUGAACACAAACUGCGAUUACGUGAGCUAGAAGUACAGCUCAGAAAUAACCAAGACACUCAAUGAGCAGGCACGUCAUUUCCGGGCUGGCUGGUACAACCAUUGUUCUGAGUGGCAGCUCCCAUCUGAAGGCCAGCCUCUUCUUCCUGCUCUUGAUAAUACUGGACUGUUUUUCUCUUGAAACAUCCCAGCUUUGUACACAAAACAAAUGAUGAGAAGAGGAAUUUGAGUAGAAUCCACCCACUGACAUUCAGAUCACUCACCUUGUACAUGAUGAUGGUAACAAGAAUCAAAAGUGAAAGUCCAAAUCCAGUUCCCGUGAGUAUUAUGAAUAGUUUAUCAGGCGAAAUGAUGAACUCAACGUGAACUUCAGUCUGUUGACAGAUGAAAAAUGAAGUAUAUAGUAUAUGUAUGUGAUUUAUGAUGAUGAUUACUUGGUGGUAUUUUUUUGUGAGCAAAAUAUGUCCAGCAAAACAUACCAAUUUCUGUGUGGGGUUGUUCUCAUUCCACAUGGCAUCUCUCUUUUCAUGUGACAGUCCUUUAGUCUUUGCAUCACAGUGUGACCAUUUGAACAUCAUUAGCAUAGCAGUAAUGUCAAAAAUGCUACCUGGAGCCAGAUUGAUGUGAACAUACCUCUUGUUCAUGAGAGGAAUCCAGUACAUAUCGUUGUUGGUCGUAAUCAAUGUGGAUCAUGCUUUUGAACUUGACCUCUCCAAUGUCUCCAGUAUAUCUUUUCAGAAAUGCCUUAUUCUGCAAAGUGGGAGUUUUAUCAGUUGCCAGAUUAGCUACAUGUGGCAUAGCUUUUCUGUGUGAGUGCAUGAAGGAAAUUAGUACUUACCUGCGCACGCGCCUCAAGAUUGCUAAAUUGUACAUCUCCAGACAAUACAAACUCGGUGGACGAUGCACUCUCCAGCAUGACAGUGUCACACUCAAUGAUUUUGCAGUGUUUUUCUGGGGAACAAUACUAAAAACGAAGGGAGAAAUCAGUUUGAGUUAACAUCAUUUGUAAAUGGACAACUGUGAGAUUUAUUUGACUUACUUCAGAAUUGAUUGCAGUCAUGUUUUUGCACUGACUUUUGUUCUUGAGAAAAAAGAUACAAUUGAAUAAAGACUAAUGUAAAUGUCAACAUGCAGACAGCUAUCGGUUUUGUGGAACUAUGAAAGUUACCUGAUGUACAAAGACUUGAUAAUUUUCAAAUUCAAAGUUGUAUUGGAGUUUAGUUGGAAAGCUCAGAGACACAUUCACAGGAAAGGCUUUCCAGCCAGGGUUAUCCACCUGCCAAGAGUGAAUGUGCAUUUUUAACAAGGAUGUGGAAGGGAAACUGGUAUCCUGCCGUGACAGCAUCUAUAUGCUAAAAAUACAUUAAACAUUUAAGUUUAACCUCUCACCCGCACCUCUAAAGUGGUCGAGUUGCUAGUAUGAAGUCAUGAUAGUAAAUAUUAACCUCCGGUGUUAGCAGUACUUGUUGCCAUAAUCAACUCAUGUUUAAAUAGAUGUCUACCUCUAGUUAAAUUAUUGGUUUCACCUUAUAUAUAAUAAACAUCUUUUUGGGGCCUGUGUCCUCUUCUGUGAAGUUCA